AUGACUAAAGAUUAUAAUAUAUUAUACACUUUUCAUUAUGUACAUAUAUACUUCAUAAUUAGAAACUUUAUGGAAACAUCAAGGAAUUCUAAUCCCAAAUGCUCUAUCAAUCAGACUUAUUUGGUAAUAUAAAAUAUAGUAUCUUUUGA